AUGGAGCGACUGGGCAAGUUCAAGUCCUACGAGCACGACGCCUUACACAAGCAGCUCUUCGACCACGACUACGCCUUACACAAGCUCAAUUCUCUCUUCAACCUGGGCCGAUUGGACGACAACCAUCACCAGCACCACAAGCACCACCAGCACGACGACUCCGGUGCUUUCGUCGACCUGGAUCGAUUGGUCAAGCACUGCUUCCCCUACAACUACGAGUUCAGCUCAAUGGCUCGAUUGGUCAAGCACUGCUUCCCCUACAACUACGAGUUCACCUUCAGCUCAAUGGCUCGAUUGGUCAAGCACACCUUCCUUAACGACGAAGGAUGGGAAGAAUGGUCCUCGUCAUCCCCAGCUCCUGUUAAGACAACGUCCUGGGCCGAUUGGACCCCUUCUACUCCUCCGGCGCCGGUAGUGACUUCAUCUCACUGGCAAGAUUGGACGUCUUCCGUUGUGGUUUCUGUGCCGACCUCCUCCUGGCAAGAUUGGUCCUCAUCCCCAGCUCCUGUAAAGACCUGGACCUCUUCCAUUGCACCUGUUCCAGUUCCAACGACCAAGUGGCAAGAUUGGACAACUUCUACACCCGCGGCACCCGUUCCCGCGGCAAGCACAUGGGUCGAUUGGUCAUCCAGCGUCCCCGCGGCCCCGGCUCCAGCGCCCUCGAGUAGCCAGUGGAACGACUGGGGGUCGUCAGUUGUGUAUAGCAGCUACUCUGUCCCUCAUGCAAGCACUUGGGCCUCCGUUGCAGUUACGAGCAGUGUCUGGUCUUCAUCCCCAGCUCCUGUGGUCAGCAGCAGCGUCUGGACAAGCGUUGCGCCGGUCCCGACCACCACAACACCCGCCCCCGUCGCGACCUACACUGGCGCCGCCAGCAGCAACAACAAGCCCGUCAUGGCGCUUCUUGCCGGUGUUAUUGGCCUUGUUGCCCUGGCAUAG